CUUUCCUCCCUCCUCUACAAAUCCCAGUCAUUUCAAAAGCAAAAUGGCAUCGCGCGCACCUUAUAUCGUUCCGGCGCUCAAGAAGCACACCGCCACGGUGAUCAUGGCCCACGGCCUGGGCGACAGCGGCGCUGGAUGGAUGGCCCUCGCCCAGAACUGGCGUCGCCGCGGCAUGUUCGACGAAGUGGCCUUCAUCUUCCCCAAUGCCCCCAUGAUCCCGAUCACAGUGAACUUUGGCCUGAGCAUGCCCGGGUGGUAUGAUAUUGCCAAACUUGGUCGUGAUCUGGACUUCGAAGAAUCCCUCGUCAACCAGGACGAACCCGGUAUCCUGCGCUCCCGCGACUACUUCAACACCCUGAUCAAGGAACAAAUCGACCAGGGCAUCAGCCCGUCUCGGAUCGUGCUGGGUGGGUUCUCGCAGGGCGGUGCGAUCUCCCUGUUCACGGGCAUCACGAACAAGGAGAAGCUGGGCGGAGUGUUCGGUCUGUCGUGCUAUUUGCUUCUCAGCGACCGCAUCAAGAACUACACGCCUGAGAACUGGCCGAACCAGAAGACGCCGUUCUUCAUGGGCCACGGCCUGGAUGAUGAGGUGGUGAAAUACGAAUUCGGAAAGAUGUCGUCGAAGGCGUUGACGGAUAUGGGGUUGGAUGUCACCUUCAACUCUUAUCCUGAUUUGGGUCACUCUGCCGACCCCGAGGAGAUUCAGGACCUUGAGAAGUUCCUGACGAAGACUAUCCCGCCUCAGGGAGACGGCGAGACUUCGGCCGGAUUAUGACUUGACGAACGCAAGGGUAGCCAGGGCGGAGUUAUCGGUGCAGCUCUGAAAUACAGCAUUGGACUGGGUAUGAUCGUUUUGAUAGCGGCUGUUCUGCUCUCCAAGUUCCACUCUAGAGAUAGAGAAGCUGUGUCGAAGAAACAAUACUAAAAAAUAAAUAUAUUCC